AUGCCUCACCAGAACCAUGACAUUGACAAUACUGAUCAACCAUAUGAGGAGAUUGAUCAAUGGGAACUGGCGUGCUUUCAAAGCAACAAACCCAUAUCAUCUGAUCGUCCUCUAAACUACAAUUGUGAGCAUUUUAGCUCCGUCGAGGUUGGAACUCAUUCCAAUGGCGCCGGACACCCAAUGGUUCGCGAGCAGCCAAUGUACCACUAUGGAACAACAACUCAAACUCAGUACCACAACCAAAGUCCUCAAUCCUAUGCAUCAUCAAAUCUAUCGGGUCCCUGCCCUGAGGGCCCAGAAAAAGAAGAUCCCAACAUGCACUUCGCCCCUACCUAUCUUCCUUUGGGACCUCCCAUCGGAUUGAAUGAAGUUCAGCAUCAACGCACCGCAUCUUUCAACUCCGAUUAUUCCGUACCAAUGCUUCGUUUUCUCGGCGGACGUGACUACCCUGAGCACUACGCCACCGAGCAUGCACCACCAUUGGAGACCAGGUUUCUCCCUCAGGAUCCUUACAUCCAAUCCUCGAAGAAAGGCCACGCGUCAACGAAGCGCAGUAAAGAGAGCCACAUGAGCAUGCAGAGCUGUGGCAGCCAUGAGACGGGAUAUGAUAGCUGGGGUCUCAUGGAUCCGGUGGCGGAAGUUGGAUCCUGGGAUCGAGAGAGUGGGAAGCUGCGUCCUGGUGACUACGCUUUGGCUUUGAGUGGACUUACGGAAUUUCAUAUUAACGACGACAUGAAGUGA